UCUGUAGAAUCUCUUUACGGUGGCCAAUUCACAUUAUCAACUCACUUGAUGCAAGUAAUUUAUCUUCACCUUAGAAGAACCCCUUUAAGACUCAAUGCAGAUGAAGUAAAGGCGGCUUGAAUUUGUGAGAACUGCGAUCGUUGUUGUUUGUUACGAGUUCAAGCUAAAGUUGUAACCAGCACGGCUUGUAAUGGCUUUGGAUUUCGUAGCGGGAUGCCUUGGAGGAUGGUCCGGCAUAGUAGUGGGACAUCCCUUCGACACAGUCAAAGUUCGACUUCAAACGCAAGUAUCGAAACGAUACGUCGGGACUAUCAACUGUUUUACGCAAAUUGUAAAACAAGAAACGGUGUUUGGUUUGUACAAAGGCAUGUUGUCCCCAAUGGCUGGUGUAGGGCUGAUAAAUGCUAUCAUAUUUGGGGUCCAUGGGAAUUUGUCACGCCUGCUUGAGCCAGGUUUAUCCAGUCAGUGUAUUGCAGGAGGUGUGGCAGGUGCAGUUCAGUCGAUUGUUUGCUGCCCAAUGGAAUUAGCAAAAACUCUUGUGCAGGUUCAAAACACUUCUAAGCCAUUGUACCAUGGAUCAAUUGAUUGCUUACAGAAGAUUUACAAGAAAAAUGGCAUCACAGGAUUGUACAAGGGGAUGACUAUAACACUCACAAGAGAAAUCCCCAGCUUUGCUAUAUACUUUGGAACAUUUGAGUUUUUUUGCAAUGCAAUGACACCUGAGGGAGAUGGUGCUGGUCAUAUUGGACCUUUAGGAUUGCUGCUUGCAGGAGGAUUAAGUGGUAUAUCAUCCUGGUUUUUCACUUAUCCAAUAGAUGUUGUUAAAUCAAGGUUCCAGGCAGAUGGUGAAGGAAAGAACCGCAGAUAUCAGAGCAUUUUGGACUGUGUUAAAAAAACCUACAAGAGUGGUGGGCUCCAUGCUUUCUCCCAAGGAUUAUCAGCUACAAUUCUGAGAGCAUUCCCCACCAAUGCAGCCACUCUAGCAACUGUUACUGUCACCUUAAGGAUUGCCAGAGACCAUAAGAAACAGGCUGAAUUUGCAUAGUAAUGCAGCGCAUAAACUCUUGUUAAUAACAGGAAACAGAUUUUAGGAUUGCAGGUAUGCUGAAUAAACUUAAUUUGAAGUUUAAAUUUCUAAUUGUAUAUUAAGGGGACUCUGUUACCAUAUUUUGUACAAGUCUUAGUUAAAGAGAAUUCCUGAAAGAGCUAUUUACUAGGGAAUUUAGUAAAGAGUUAAAUUGAAAAUUGACUGAAAAGGAAUCGAAAUGGCAGAGGUUAAGUCAGAUUAAAAAUAAUGUACCUCUGGUUUUCUCUGAUUCCAUUUAAAAUCUUGAUAACAAUUUGCUUCUACUUAUAAGCUUUUGUAAGUUUUAGCAGUAAAAUAUUGGUCUUUCGGGCUUAAAGAGAAAAGCAAUUAUUAUAGUACAUUUAUUACUCCCUAGCUUUCAGAACUGUUUGGAUAAAUUAACUUACUUAUAAAAUGGUAGCUCAUUAAAUGAGGUUGUUUAACUUGGAGACAAUGCAGCUGUUAUAUUUUUUAUUUUAUCGCAUGUAAACUGGUAUGACACAUCUGAUAAGGAAUUGCAUAAGGUAUUGGAGGUUUUAUAAUGUAAAGGUUUUGCAAACUUAGGAAUAAAUAUUAUAAGUAGCUAAUGUUACAUAUGUAGGGGUAUUUUUAACAUACUAUUUAAGGUAAUAUCAUAUGGUAUGCAGUUAUUUUCAGCUAAAGCCCAAAUAUGUUUUGUAUCCUGAAUCACUCAGCAAACAUAGUAUGUUAUAUCUAAUGUAACCCUGUAAUUCCCAAGAUCUGAUUGUUAACUCUCCCUCCAACUGUUACACAUUUCCUCGUAAAUUAGUUAUGAGAAUUUGAUGUUAGAUCAAGAUAAGAACUCCUAUCUGAUAAGUUUGAGUAUUCUCAUUACAUGUCUGUUGGAUGCAUUAUGGAUGUUAUAGGGAGAAGUUACAUGUUGAUCACCUUUGGGAAAUGAAGGGUGAAGGACCCACACAGGUUUUUACAGGCUCCAUACAGCAUGAAUUGCAUGGACUAAAAUUUUCUAUGUAAGGUAAAGGGGAUUGAAGGGGUAAAAUAAUCUACCAAUGUAAUAUUGUAUAUUUUAUUGUUAUUGGUUCGUUAAUGGUUUGAUUUUUUACAAUUUAUUGUUUGGUGUAAACUAAUUCCUCAUCCAUUAGACUGUGAAAUGAUAUCCUUGGGAAUAGAUGCCUGGUAAAAGAAGAAUUUGAGAUGAGCUAUUUAAUAUAUUUUUCUCACAAGGUAUUUAUAAGAUUUAGUUUUUCCUUCUAUUUAAUUGGUAAUGUUUGUAAUGUAAUUUAUUUCUUCAUCUAUUUAAGUGUUAGGUAAGUGUAAGAAGUCACUUAAAAUAGAGCAUUAUGUGAUUUGUAGACACAACUGAUGUUUUAAAAGCUUUUGUCAUUCAUGGAGCUUUAUGCAAUGCUAGAAAGCUUAUGUGAUUUUCAAUUUAAGAAUUUCUGGACAAAUUAGACAAUUUUAUCAGAUUUUUGUCAAGACAGGUAUAUCUAUUUCCUUGGAUAUCAAUUUGAUAGAUGAUAACUGUAACUGCUAAAAUUGGAGAAGGAGUGUAUUUUUUCCUUGGUAUAAUGGGAGCUAAAUGUUUUCAUCUUAUGGCAUUUAAAAAUGUGACAUGGGAAAAAGGACUCUAUAUUAAACUGUAACAAUUCUGUGA